UUUACGGGGACGGUCAAAAUAAUGUAUGUUUACCUAGUCCUCUUCGCCGUUUUAUCCUAUUUAGUUUGUAUAAAAUGCAUUUACAAUCGACAAUGGCACGCUUUGAGGAGCUCGCUGAAACGUACCUUCAACGUUUCGUCAGAGAGAAAAACAGUUGGCGCUGACGUCAGAGCUCUGGUGGUUACUGCGCAUCCGGAUGAUGAGUGCAUGUUCUUUGCCCCAACGAUCAUACGACUAGUUGAAUUAAAUGCCAGCGUACACCUGCUGUGCUUGUCUGAAGGGAACUACUAUCAUCAGGGAUCUCAGCGCAGAGAAGAACUUCUCAAAAGCUGUGCUGUGUUGGGGAUACCAGCCUCCAGAGUCACCAUCAUAAACCACGAAAAACUUCCAGAUGAUCCCAAAGCCGAAUGGAGCGUCUCAUUAGUCUCCUCUGCAGUACUGAGGCUCGUUACAGAUCGCUGCAUCAACAUGGUGCUGACCUUUGACGGAAGAGGUGUGAGCGGUCAUGCCAAUCACGUAGCAAUCUAUAAAGCUGUCAGACAUGUUGCUUCUACUGGUGAAUUGCCUAAAGAGUGUGUGUUGCUCGCCUUGGAAACCAUAGGCCUUCUAAGGAAGUACACCUCCUUCCUGGACCUUCCCUUCAGCUGGUUUCUACCGUCACACCUCCACUGUGUUGUUGGCCCAAAAGGCUACAAGCAAGCCAAAGCUGCCAUGCUGUGUCAUCGCUCUCAGCUUCUCUGGUUUCGGUAUCUCUACAUCACCUUCUCGAGGUACAUGUUCACAAACACGUUCCAGGUCGUUCCACAAGGACCGAAGAAUCUGAAGAUCUACUGAAUGUUCCAGCUUGUGAGGGCGUGCCUAUUGUUAACCUUUAAGCUUCCACAUUUUCAUGUGCAGUUGUUACAAACAAAGCAGAUGAUAGUUUUAAUGAAUCAUGUUGUGUGUUUAAAAGACUCAAAGAAUGUUGUCAGGACACUGUAUGAAAACACUAUAUCAGAUUCUUAUUGUUCCGUUUUUGUACAAUGUUUAUUAAAAAAAGUGGUU